UUCACUCAGUUCGCAGACAGCUGAGCUGUAGGGCGCGUGCAGGUGUUUCUGAACGCAACUCAAGUUUCCUUUCUGAAAAAGUAUUUUUCGGUUUUCGAACGAAAAUACAACUGUCAUGUCACAUGGUGAUGUGAUGGACAUAAUUUCUCCGCGGCCUACAUUUGAAUAUUGAUAGUUAUCAUUUAAUAAAAAGGCUUGUAGAAGCUAGAUUUGUGAAUUACGUUGCCGUUAUAAUGUGAUUAAUAGUGUCCCUUGAUAGAUUUUUCUUAAAAGUGAAAUUUGGUGAAAAUGUUAGGUGGUUAAAGUAACUGAAAAACUUGGUGGCAUCAAUAAGUUCAAUUUGAAUUGGGAAUAUUGUGAUUACUAGUGACCUCAAUCGAACUUGCGACUCGAAUAAUGACCUUCUAAAUGAAGGAUACGUACCCUGAGAACAUUAUGCUCUGUUUUCUCCAAGGGUUUGGUGACGGUGAUGCGUACAAGAGCCGUGAUACUGUAGACGAUUCGAACAUUGAUGGGAAUAAGAAACUUCAAGGUAAAAGAGUAUCUCUGACUAAGAGACCUGAAGGUGAAAGUCAGGUAACAGUAAGGAAAAGACGUCUAAUAGGUGGUAAGACACUCAGACUGUCUUCAGUUGAACAACUUACGGAGGUGACAGAGGUGAAGAGAAGCUUUAGUGACCGCUUUUCAGUGAUAAGUAAUGGGAAUUCUAGAAAGACUGCAAAAGGACUCUUGACCAUUCGGAAAACCUGGUCAACCGGGAAUUUCCCUUCGGGCGCGGCGGGUGGCGGGUGCGGGGCCCCGCGCUCCGCUCCCGCCACCCCGCUGCAGCUCGAGCCUCACCCCCGCACGAAACAUGACAAACAAGUCCUGAAGCCUCUGUCGGGGUCAGCGCCGUCGGUGCGAGCGCCGGCCCUCACCGCAGAGGGGGAGGCGGAGGGCAAGCCCCCCAGCAAGUCCCGCCAGAAGAAGUUUCAGAGGCACUUCCCGCAGGUCGGCCCCGAGGAACGAGUGCUCAAUUAUUAUUCCUGCGCCCUGGUCGGGGACUUGCUCUUACAAGGUCACCUGUACAUCACUAAGAACUACUUCGCCUUCUACUCCAACGUCUUCGGAUAUGUGACCAAGUUGCUGAUCCCUACCACAUCAGUCCUGCGGAUAACGAAAGAGAAAGUUGCCCGGAUAAUCCCGAAUGCGGUCGGCGUGUGUACCCGGGACGAGCGGCAUGUGUUCGGGUCGCUGCUGUCCAGGGAUUCCACCUAUAAGCUGAUGAUGCAUGUCUGGAAAGUGGCUAGAGGACCCGAGCUUGCGCAGCCUAAACCACAGGACCUCCGCGUCUCGGAAGUGGAACUGGACGCGUCAGAGUACUCCCCCGAAGACGACAGCAGUUCAGGCGGCGCCGAGCGUGACGUCACCGCCGCGCCGGUCAAGAGGGAAUCCGAAGCGCUCAUUGCCGCCGCAGGCGCGGCGGUGAUCCAGCCGGCCCUGCUGACAGGCAGCUCCGGGCCGCGGCGCGCGCGGGCGCGCUGGCAGCUGCUGCUGCUCGCCGCCGCGCUGCUGCUGGCGUGCUCGGCCACGCUCAUGCUGUUCCGUCUGUACAGAGUGCUCACGCAGCCGCAGGACGAGGUCAGCAAGUUGUCUGGCGAACAGCUGUACUCGGAGAUGGUGCGCUGGCGCUCGACGCUGCACGGCCGCGCCGCUGCGGAGCUCCACGCCUUCCUCACCACCAACCUCCUGCUGCUCACCAAGGUGCGACAAUCCCUCGAGGCGUUGUCAGGGGUGAUCCUGACCGACAUGGCCCAGGGCGGGCCCAUGGAGAUGGAGGUCCCCAACGACACCGUGUUCAGUUAGCGACACUGACCCCCAACUAAUUGAAUCAAAGUUGUGCUGUGAUGUCAUGGACGAUUCCUAUGCUAAUUUAUUCGAAAUUUGCCAGUCAAAAUAUUACUGAAAGGUUUUAGAUGAUAAUACAAGUAUGCCGUAUUAAAGCGUGAGCCGAGGCCGAGCGCUAUAAUAAGUUUAAGUAAUGUAAUUCAAGCAAGCCGUUUUGUUGCGCGAGGUGAGCGCGAGCGCUACAAUAAUGCUGUGUAAUGUUAUACAAGCGUGCCGUAUUAUCGCGCGAGGCGAGGUCGAGUGCUAAAACAAGGCCGAGUAAAUACACAAGUGUGACAUACAACGUUUUUAAAAACACUUUAAAAAACACAACGUUUUUAGAAACGCUAGUGAUGUAAUCUAACGGCAGAGUGUGCUAAAAUAACUUAGUUUAUUUCACGCCCGUUUAAACAGAAUUAAGUUUAAAGUAGUUACGCAUAUUAAGUUAUGAGUAUAUAUUUUUUCUGAAAUAGGUACCAAAAAGGGGGCAUUAAAACGAGAAAAGGCAUUUUAUAAAGAUACAGUUACCAAAAUAAAUUGUGAUGUGGCUGAUGUAUAUUAAAGAAAUUACCGCAAUUUCAAAAAGCAAAAUCGACACAAAAAUUCUUAAGCAGGAAUAUCUCUAUCUUCGCUUAAAUAAUUCUCUAAUUCAUGUCACAGACCGCUUUUUGAUAAUACAUUUAUUUACAUUCAAAAUUAAGUGAUUUCAUGAUUUGGGGAAUCUAAGUUGAUUGUUUUUUUUUUGCAUUUUAAAUGAAUCGAGUAUGAUUUUAUGCGCUUUGUCGCUCAAUAUAUGAUUGUUAGCAUUUAAACUGUUUCUUGUAAAUAUCAAAUCAUACGUGUUAUAUUUAUUGGAAAAGAAACUGUAUAGACGUCUGUUAAGGUAUAUGUUAUUCGUUAGCCAUUAUCAUUACGGCAAUGGAUGCUAGCAUUUUAGCCAAUUUAGCUUAAACCGCGCGGGAAUUGAGUGAGACUGAUGUCAGGGACAUUAUUAGUAUUUUAUUCUACGUAUUUAAUAGAUUUAAACUAUAAAACAUAUGAUUCUUAAUAUCUGUCAUCUAGAAAAUGCUUAGUUGGAUGGCAUUUCGAUCCGUUUUCAAUUUGAAGUUGCGACUAUAAGAAAGAAGCUUGGUGGUAGAUUUUGCUGUCCCUUUCAUUUGAUGCCCUACCUCUCAUUCUUGCGUGUUGAAAGGUAAAGUUAUACAUUGACAGCUAGGCUAUACUUACUAUAUUUUAUACGUGGAGUAAAAAUUUAAUAAAUUGAAGAAAACUAUGGCCAGUGGACGUUUGUUUCGAGUUAGGAACGUAAUUAGUAAUCGAUUAAUAUCGAUCUAUUAUGAUAGCAUAAAUCGAUACAUACAUAGAGAUAAAUGUCCAAAGAGUUUGUAUUAAUUUGAUUAAUGAAUGUGAUGUUAUGUAAAUAAAUAUAUAGUUGGUUCCAAGUGUGUCUAUGAGGCAUGGUGUUGUAAUGUGUCAAACACAGUUAGGGAUUAGGAUAAGGUUAAAGGACAGUCCAUUUGAGUAUAAAUCAACGAAAUUUACGCGCUUAAAGACACUGUUUUUUUUUUAAAAAGACUUGUAAUAAUGCAUAUGGAACUUAAUUUCACGGUAAUUUUAUGCGUCUGAAUUGCAGAGACUUUUUUGACUGUGAUAUUUUUAUCAUAGUGAAAAAAGUCUAUGAAAUUGUGUGAUUCAUUUAUACGUUUCUUUCGUGGUAGCAAUUAUUUACUUGUGUCAUUUAGUUGUGCGCUCAACUUGUGUGGAAUUUAAAAAACAGAGUUAAAAUUUGCUUCAUCUAAUCCACACUAAUACUAUAAAUGCGAAAGUCUGUCGAUUUGUUCCGCUUAUAAUGCUAUUAAUUGCAAGUCGUGCUCAGGACAGUAUGAUGUCUAAAAGCAUCUUUUUAUAUUGUCUGUUAUGUGCUAUCAAAAAUUGCCACCUAUAUUGUGAACAAUUUUGAUUUAGUGAUUUAUUUUUUAAGCUUAUGUCCUCUUUUAUUUGACUGUAUAAUAGUUAAAAAUCAAUAAAAUAGUGCGCUUAUUCUUCAUGAGAUGUAUUCAAUGUGUGUCUAUAUUUUGUAGCAUAAUUGCCAAGACAGAGUUUGCGGUUUGGGAAAUCGACCGCAUUUCAAGUUACACUCAUUGAUUUAAUAGGGGCGAAUUUGCAAUGAAUUAUAUAGGGUACGUUGAUAUGCUGUCGAUUGUAUAUUUUGUCCUUGCAUAUUUCUGUAAAGAUUCCGACUAAACAGCACACAAACGCGACCAAAUUAAAGAGGCAGUGGUGCUAGUAAUUAAGUUAAGAAUAAACGAUUCAACAUUCCCCGAUCGAACAACAACAAAUCUCAAUUGUUCCAGCUGUAAUAACAUUAGCAUCGAAUAUCGACUUGUAUUCGUUACAAUGGUCUCGAUGUGGCUCAGAUUUCUAUAUUUUUAUUUCUCCAGUUAAUAUUUUUCAUCGGAUUUUGUUGAUUAUGGUCAAUGAAUAUUUUAUCCCCAAAUGAUUUGAAAUUUAUUUAUUCAAACUUUAUUUACCAAUAUAAAGGGCGGACUUAUGCUAAAAGCAUUCUCUACCAACAACCUUUAGGAAAAACUGAUUUACAAGUUUUAUUUCUUCUCGAUUGUAAUGUUAGUAAAAUUUAAAUUGUGAACUUAUUUAUGACAAUUUAAUUAUUCUAGUCUUCGGCAAAGCUCAAGAAUUAUAUUUGAGGGUAGGUGAGGGAGUACUUAGUUGGAUAUUGAUGGAUAGAGUUGGCAGGCAACAGUCACGGAAGACUAAUUUCAUGUUGUAAUGGCAGAGAAAUUCCAAAUGUAUAAUGUGUGUUUGGAUUUAUUAACACGAAUGUAUUAAGUAUUUUUUUACUAUUCAUCUACUGUAGUAUUGAGUUUCGUUGAUUAUUGUUUCUUCUUGUCAAAGCUUUAGUUGAAAUAGUACAGGCUAGCUAGUGAUUUGAAUGUAAAAAAUAGAAUUGAAUUAAAUGUACAAGUUUAUAAAUUCUAGCAGUUUAUUUACUUGUAACUAUGGCUUUUUUGUAUCUUCAUAUAAUGUUCAUAAAACUUAGUCAAAUCUACGGUUUCACUCCCGCUUUAAAUUCUGAAUAACUAGGUUGACAUAAAUAAUUAAAACUAGGCUGUCUUUGUCUUCUCCAGUGACAAAAUGCCAGUAGGAACAAAAUUCAUAGCACGUACUAAUGAAGUGAAAGAACGGAUUAUAUAAUAAAUGGUCACACGGGUGGAAAAUUGGACUUUUCUCGAGAGUGGAACCGUACACUACUUAAUUUAUUCUACAUAUAAUUUCUGUUACUUUCAUUUUAAUUCAUAACAAUUGUUUAUUGUUGAAGGCCUAAUUGGUCUGUUACCACCAGUGCCAAAGUGUCACCACUUUACUCCAACAAGUUGGGCCCGCACUGCGUAACACCUCAUUCAUUUGUUACUAAGAAUGUUUAAUAAUAUUAUAGAAUUGUCCGGAAAUAACUUGGACCCUGUGGUGAUUGGAUCCUUUAAUUAACGCAGGGGCUAUGGUAAAGGGUACAGACCUAAUGCGUAUGUAGCAUGGAUGCGUGUUUAUCGUAUACAUUACGAAAAGUAUGCGUGCGUACAAUUCUUACGCACGUGCUGUUUACGAAUUCAGUCUGAACCGACCAUAAUUCUGUGUUGUUAGUAAUCUAAUGCCAACAUUAGAGUCAUUAUACCUUAUUUAUGUAAUUAAUAUUGCCAAAGACCACUAUACCAUAUUUAUUCUUGUUAGAGAACAAUCCAUGAUUUUCUUAAUAAAAAUCAAUAAAGUAUAGCUUAGCAUAAGAUACCAAUCGUAGGUAAAAUAGCCCGUUUGUACAAUAGAUAGUAUAGGGAGGAUCAUGUGGUUAUUAUUAUAAUAAUUAUUAUUUACUUUUAUGACUGUACCGAAGUUUAUAUUAUGUUAUACGUUUUGCCGGUGACUGCACGUGGAACCAGUGAGAAUAUUAUAUUUUAUUUAUACAUAGUUUUAGCCGCAAUUAAAUGGGCAAGUGGAAACUUAUAGACAUUGGUUAUCAUUCCUGUUAUAAGUCGCUUAAUGUUCGUUGUGUUUCAAUCUGAUUAGUGAAUGGGUGUCAUACUUAGAAAACUUACCAAUUAGAGCGUGUUCCCAUUGGUCAGUUGCGCUGCGACGUCCUCCGACAUGUUUACGUCCGUCGACGGAUCAAUACAGAAGAACGUAGAAAUUGUAUGAAGUUGUUACAUGACAGUGUCAAACAACAACGAAUCACGACGGGGCUAAAACCUACUGCGUCGUCGCAACGGAGCACGAAUGAGCAAUGGGACGAUUACUAAUGAAAUAGGCUUUAUAAUAUUGAGAUGAUCCCAAGAAGAUACAAAAUUAUAUAAUUACAUGUUGUACAGCUGUCUUUUUUUUGUCGCACACUCUAUAAAAAAAACUUAGUGGGGAUGGUUUUCUAAGUAUUUUUUGCCUCAAAGCAUGUUUACCUAGCUACAUAUACCUCUGGGUCUUGAUUCUCAAAGUUUUCAUCAUACAGCUCCUGCUUUCACAGAAAAUCGUUAUUAAAGUUCAAUCACAUGUAUCGAUUGAACUGUUCUAGAAAAUUGAUGAAAUUGACUUGAAAGAAUCGAGCCCAUUAUUAUAUGGUUUCUAAAUUAUAGUUUCCGCCACCAUAUGGGUUAUUUUCGUAAACGAAUAACUUUUUUUGAUAAGUUUGCUGUUAUGUCAUUAACUAAUUAGAUGAAUUGUAAAUUGAUAGGGGCUGAUUAGGGCAUCUUAAUAAUUUCUACCUGCUCAGUUUAGUGCAAUGUACUGUGGUUGUAAAGUUUCGUAUAUACUUAGUUAAUUUAUUUCUACCGCGUAGGAAUUGUUAACGUUCGGUUUACGGUUAUUUUUUUGUAUAUUUGUUCAGAGUUGUUUGUACAUAAAUAGAUAGAUGAGUUAUUCAAAA